AAAUGAGGCAGACGCCCCUGCUGCAGCUGGCGCUACUUCUCGCCCUGCCCAGGAGCCUGGGGGGGAAAGGGUGUCCGUCUCCGCCCUGCGAGUGUCACCAGGAAGAUGACUUCAGAGUCACCUGCAAGGAUAUUCACCGUAUCCCCAGCCUACCGCCCAGCACGCAGACUCUGAAGUUUAUAGAGACUCAUCUGAAAACCAUUCCCAGUCGUGCAUUUUCAAAUCUGCCCAAUAUUUCCAGGAUCUAUUUGUCAAUAGAUGCAACUCUGCAGCGACUGGAAUCACAUUCCUUCUACAAUUUGAGUAAAAUGACUCACAUAGAGAUUCGGAAUACCAGAAGCUUAACUUACAUAGAUCCUGGUGCCCUAAAAGAGCUCCCCCUCCUGAAGUUCCUUGGCAUUUUCAACACUGGACUUGGAGUAUUCCCUGACCUGACCAAAGUUUAUUCUACUGAUGUAUUCUUUAUACUUGAAAUUACAGACAACCCUUACAUGACGUCCAUCCCUGAGAAUGCUUUUCAGGGACUGUGCAAUGAAACGUUGACACUGAAACUAUACAACAAUGGCUUUACUUCAAUCCAAGGACAUGCUUUCAAUGGCACAAAGCUGGAUGCUGUAGUUAAGCACUUCAGUGAAAGUUACCUGAACAAGAAUAAGUACUUGACAGCUAUUGACCAAGAUGCAUUUGGAGGAGUGUACAGUGGACCAACCUUGCUGGACGUCUCUUACACCAGUGUCACUGCCCUGCCAUCCAAAGGCCUGGAGCACCUGAAGGAAUUGAUAGCAAGAAACACUUGGACUCUAAAGAAACUUCCACUUACCUUGAGUUUCCUUCACCUCACACGGGCUGACCUUUCUUAUCCAAGCCACUGCUGUGCUUUUAAGAAUCAGAAGAAAAUCAGAGGAAUCCUUGAGUCCUUCAUGUGUAAUGACAGCAGUAUUCGGAGCCUGCGUCAGAGAAAAUCUGUGAAUGCUUUGAAUAGUCCCUUCGACCAGGAAUAUGAAGAGUAUCUAGGUGACAGCCAUGCUGGAUACAAGGACAACUCUAAGUUCCAGGAUACUCGCAGCAACUCUCAUUAUUAUGUCUUCUUUGAAGAACAAGAAGACGAGAUCCUUGGUUUUGGCCAGGAGCUUAAAAACCCACAAGAAGAGACCCUACAGGCCUUUGAUAGCCAUUAUGACUACACUGUGUGUGGAGGCAAUGAAGACAUGGUGUGUACUCCCAAGUCAGAUGAGUUCAACCCCUGUGAAGACAUAAUGGGCUACAAGUUCCUGAGAAUUGUGGUGUGGUUUGUUAGUCUGCUGGCUCUCCUGGGCAAUGUCUUUGUCCUGAUCAUCCUCCUUACCAGCCACUACAAACUGACUGUCCCACGCUUUCUCAUGUGCAACUUGGCCUUUGCAGAUUUCUGCAUGGGGAUGUAUCUGCUCCUCAUUGCCUCUGUAGACCUCUACACUCAUUCUGAGUACUACAACCAUGCCAUUGACUGGCAGACAGGCCCUGGAUGCAAUGCGGCUGGUUUCUUCACUGUCUUUGCCAGUGAAUUGUCAGUGUAUACACUGACAGUCAUCACUCUGGAGCGCUGGUAUGCCAUUACCUUCGCCAUGCGCCUGGACCGGAAGAUGCGCCUCAGGCACGCAUAUGCCAUCAUGGUUGGGGGCUGGGUUUGCUGCUUCCUGCUGGCCCUGCUCCCUUUGGUGGGAAUAAGCAGCUAUGCCAAGGUCAGCAUCUGCCUGCCCAUGGACACUGAGACACCUCUUGCCCUGGCAUAUAUUAUCCUUGUUCUGUUGCUCAACAUAGUCGCCUUUAUCAUUGUCUGCUCCUGUUACGUGAAGAUCUACAUCACAGUCCGAAAUCCCCAGUACAACCCCGGGGACAAAGACACCAAAAUUGCGAAAAGGAUGGCUGUGUUGAUCUUCACUGACUUCAUGUGCAUGGCUCCAAUCUCAUUCUAUGCUCUGUCAGCACUUAUGAACAAGCCUCUCAUCACUGUUACCAACUCCAAAAUCUUGCUAGUUCUCUUCUAUCCACUUAACUCCUGUGCCAAUCCAUUUCUCUAUGCUAUUUUCACAAAAGCCUUCCAGAGGGAUGUAUUUAUCCUGCUCAGCAAGUUUGGCAUCUGUAAACGCCAGGCUCAGGCAUACCGAGGCCAGAGGGUUUCUCCAAAGAAUAGCACUGGUAUUCAGGUCCAAAAGGUUACCCGGGACAUGAGGCAAAGUCUCCCCAACAUGCAGGAUGACUAUGAACUGCUGGAAAACUCCCAUCUAACCCCAAAUAAGCAGAGCCAAAUCUCAAAAGAGUAUAAUCAAACAGUUUUGUAAGCUGUCCCUACACUAACUGCAAUGGAAUGGGACUUAUAAAAGGCUGGUUUCUUGAACAUGUAUUCCUAACCCAUUACAUACACAAGAUGACUGACCUAACCCUUGUGCAGGUGAUGUUUCAUGGGGCAAAAUUUCAUCUCUGGAGAGAGGUAGCAUUAACCUAAUCAUCUCCCAGAAGGAAGAGAAGCUACCAGCACGUCUGAAUCCCAGGUGAUAUCAAAAUAACUGACCCUUUCUAGAAGACUUGCUUGAUGCUAACUGCAGUGACAACAUUGUGUAAGAUGCUCAACAAAUAUCAACUGAACUAGGUCAACACUGAGCUUCUCACUUUUAGAUAGCGUUUCAUACUGAAGAUUCAGCAAAUGGCAAAUGCUAUUAACUUAGCUGGUGACCACAAUAUAAAAUUAGCUUUAUGUUGGCUUGGUCCAUUUUCAUGUUCCCUGAUACAACCAAAGAGAAUGUGAAUUCCUCAAAACUGAAAAGUCAAACAGGAUACAGGAGCAGCUAUUAUGAGGUGAAGGAGGGGAAAGGCUUAGCUUUGUUUUUUCAGACUCUGAAACUACUAAUCAUCUCUUCAUAAGAAUCUACCUGAUGUGACCCAACUGUUAUGUGUUGCCCAGAAAAAAACUGGCAAUUUCAGUUUUUAUGUGGCUGAGCAAACUAAGAAUUGUUCUUCUUGGCUAGUCCCAUAGCAUAAAAGAUAUGAACUCUAGAAAUAUUUCUAAGCAGCAGCAAGUGGGAAUUAUGAGCAGAGCACACCAAAUCACCCAUUGAUUAACAAAGCAGGCUGGAUGCGAGGUAACUACUGGACCUUGUGCAAAUCACUGGGCCACCUCUAAGUCUGUAGAAAUGAAGGAGCUUAGGGCACCUUGUGGCUCAGUUGGUUAAGCAUCCAACAUUUUGAUCUCGGCUCAGGUCAUGAUCUCACAGUUCCUGAGUUCAAGCCCCACACUGGGCUCUGCACUGACAACUCAGAGCCUGCUUGGAAUUCUGUCUCUCCCUCUCUCUGCCCUUCCCCCCAAUAUGUGUGUGUGUGUGUGCACGCGCGCACGUGUGUGUGUAUGUGUGUGUAUGUGCUCUCUCUCUCAAAAUAAAUAUACUUAAAAAAAGAAAAAGAAAGAAAUGAAGGAACUUGAUGGCCUCUUCCAGUUUUAAAUCUCUAUGUGUAUCCCUUUCCCUUAAAACAUGUUUCCAUGACAAAGAAAAAAGAAAAGCACUAAGAAAGUAGAAUCUGUUUUUCCUAUCUUGUAGGGCUGCCGUCUAUUUCUCUUUGGAGUCUAGAGGUACAACACAGGAAAUUUCUUGGUUCAUUUUUGGUUGUGAUAUCUGAACCAAAAGUUCUAUGGAGUGACCCAGUUGGGCUGGAUCUGAAUUACUCAUCUAAUUACUAGAUCACACAGCUACAAUUAUCAGGCCAAAACAGGUUAGUAUUCAUAUUAUAGAAUAAAAGGUAGUUUUGCACAUUUUGGUUAUUUGGAGUUACUAUGUCACUGUGCAGAUUCACUUGAAAACAUUUAACUUGUCUUCAGGGAUUGGUUUCUUUACUUACCUGUUUCCAACCCAUAAUAUAGUACUAAAGCUGUCAAGCACUCAGGUAAAGCGACACUAAAGCUAUCAAGAGAAGGUUUGUCUUUCUGAAACUGCUAGCUCUUUCCAGCCUGUUGAUCAUUGGACAUAAAAUCUGUUCCCCAACAGUGCUCCCUUACUUAAAAUGGUUAGGAUCUAUCUUUAUCUACAGAUGUACUCUCCAGAUUAUCUGUCAAGACAGCCCCUUCAUUACAUCCCCAGCAGAGAUGGCAUUUGCUUCUCAGUGCUCAUGAACCACACCAAGGAAUUUGAAGCUUUUGUUGUUGUAAGUCUGUGGAGUGGGGCCCCAGAGAUGGUCCCCCUGACUCACCUAGAAUCUCCCUAUAGCAAUACCCAUUUCUUAUCAUCACUGAAACCUCAGAAUCUUAAUAGGAAUACUCUACACACUGAAAUCAUGACUUAUCCACCAGUUCACUUGUAACUAAUGAAACUAAACAGAUGUGUGAUGCUUUGGCAAGUGUUUCUCACCUAUAACAUUUUGAAAUCUCACAUCCUGAUAGUGAGUUUUAUCUCGAGUAGUUGAAAUAACAUUUUGGAAACAGUCCUAGAAAAGAAACUUCAACACAGUUGUUACUAAAAUUUUCAUUCACAACGUGAAAUAAAUUUUCUUCCUUUGAAAUGAU